GUCGCAAAAUCAACAAGCCUCCCUAUUAAUCUGCCAAGAUCACCGCGGUUCAGGCCGGUGUCUUGUGACUUUAGACUGUCAAGUCAAGUGUUGUAAAAUGGAGACGGGUACAACCAGCGUGUAUGGGGCCUCACUGGCCGGUGGCAGCUUUGACCUAAUAAGCUUUGUCAAAAAACCACAAACUAUCGUGCGAAUUCUCAGCUGGGUGUUUGCUAUUGUGGUAUUUGCAUGCAUCACUGGAGAGGGCUAUGUAAAUGUUUCAACAUCCCCUGAAGCAAAGUGUGUGUUCAACCAAAACGAUGGGGCAUGUCACUACGGCGUGGGCAUUGGUGUCAUCGCUUUUCUGGCCUGUGUUGUGUUCAUCAUUCUCGAUGCCUACUUCCCACUGAUUAGCAACGCUAAUGACAGAAAAUACAUUGUUGUCGCAGACCUCGUAUUCUCAGGAGCUUGGACUUUUUUGUGGUUCGUAUGUUUCUGUUUCUUGGCUAAUCAGUGGUCCCAUACCACUGAUCCCGGAACCAUCCCAAACGAUGCUGUCCACGCAGUUGUAGCGUUCUCAUUUUUCUCAGUUGGUUCUUGGGCUGCGUUGACCUAUUUUGCUCUGAUACGAUAUCGUCAAGGUGUGGGAGAGGUCACCCAGAAUUUUCCGGAAGCGGCGAUAGACCAUGCCUCACAGCCUCCUUACCCAACUGGUGGUCCCGAUAUCUACCAGCAGCCGCCAUUCAUGCCAAACCCAGAGUCUCAAGGAGAGAGCGGCUACCAGCCUCCUGCCUACUGAGAGCUCUCUCUAGGAGAGGGGAUAAAAAGGAAUAAUUGGAUGUCCAGGCCACAUUACACGGGUGAUUGAGGAGUCUAAGAAAGCAGCCAAUGAAAACGCUCCUACAGUGUCUGGCUUUGGUAUUCAUGUUGAUUGGUCUUCUUUUGUUAUGGAGAUACUUCCACUGCUUUUGUGUGAAGACAAGUGGGUUGUCUGUACAUAUUUGUCAAAAUAUGUUUUCAAAUGCGUGAUCUUUUUUUUUUUUUUUUUUGCAUGUUUAAAAUAUUUUUUCCAUUUGUGAUUACAUACUAAAAUCCAUGAUCACACAGUAGCACAAAAGCUGCCUGUUGCUGCGACUGGUCCUUAAUUGUGCUUAUGUCAAAUGCAAGGCGAUUGCUGUGAGCCUGUCCUGCUCUGAAGCCUGGCACUGUUCUGUUCUUUGUUUUAGAGAAUAUUCUCCACAUAAUGAUGGCUCUAUUUCCACUCAAAUGCCAAGUCCCAUGACUGAUAGGGAUGUUGUUCUUGUUAUGGACUGUUGUGCUAAAUAGCACAUCCUAAAUCACAUAACUGAACAGUUGAGGCUCAGGACAGACUUGCAGCAAUUGUUUCAUGAUGUGAACAAAAGCAAAAAGAAAUUUUUGCCCCACCCCCCCCCAAUCAUAGACAUAUACUAAGUCAGUGUCAGCCAAAUACAGAUACUCCUUCCCACCCAUAGUUUGUGUCAUGGCUACUCCCAGUGCUCAAUUUCUUUAGUUUUUAUUUGUUAAUGGUUCAGAUGAGACCCCAUUCACUUACCAAAUACUCACAAACCAUGUUUGCGAUUUCCCUUAAUCCAAUUCAUGAUGGCUCACUUGCAAGCUAUGCAGGUCCCCUGGACAAAUUAAUAACCUCAUUACUAAGAAGAAUACAUAUUAUAAGUUAUUAUUGCAAUUAUGGUGGCUUGUCUGGUGUUAAGAAUUAUUUAUGAACAAAUUCCCUAUGAAGAAAUUCUCUAGGCAUACAAUUGAGAAAUGUGUAUUUCAUGUUUUAGAUACUUUUCCAUAAGGGAAUAGCACCAAAAUCUUUUGUAUAUGCAUGUAAUAUCUGAAUUUGGUAAAACUGUCAUAUUGCCAAAGUCAAAGGAGAUUGCUGAGACAGGAUAGUGAUUACAUUAAUUCUCUAUAAAUCAGAACAAGAAAAAUUCAUGGGAUUUCUUUACCAAAUGCGUUUUCCAUGGACUUUUUAAAAUUGUUAUAGAUUUACAUGGUCACUCGGCAAUACUGUUAUUAAUAUUAUUAUGGUCUGUAUGUUUUGGUAUCUCUCUUGAUCGUUUGGUUCAUAUGUCUAUGCAAACACAAUGCAUACUUUUUUUUGCCAUAAAAACACUGCUGUUAAAUACACACAGCAUACACUUGAAAAGAAAAGUAUUUACUUUUAAUGCUUGUUUUACACUGUAAUGUGCCUUUAAAGUCCUGUAUUAUUAGACAAAAUCAUUUGUUUGGCAGACAUUGGAAUUUCUUCAGAUUUGGUGUUUCUUAAUGCGUUAUGGAUUUUUUAAAUAACAUUUUUGGAUUUGUUAACUAGAUUUUAUACAGUCAAUGUGAUCACAUGUCUUCACAUUAGUUGCACUGUCAGGGUCUAAUUGAUUUGCACUAACUACAAUGACAUAUUUGGAAAUGUCAUUUUUGGUGAAAAACCUGUUUAAAGAUUUAAAUACAACCUGGUUUUGCAUUUUUACUGA